CAAAAGUCGAAAUGAAGUCGGAAGGCAAAAUUGGGGACAGGAUAAACUGAGCGGAAGUGGCGACCACAGUCUCGAGAGAAGGGAAGGCUCGUGGAUCGUUGGAUAGGAAUUCGCUAAUGGUUCUGUGACGGAGGGAAGGAUUUCUGGCCCGAGCACGAAGAGCGGGUCCGGCAAUGGCUGCGUGCUUGGUUUCCACAGGAGCCGCUUCGAUGAGGUGGAUUUUCUCCUCAAUCAGUGCUCGAACACCUGCAGCUCUGAGGUGCUCGCAGUGCUGCUGGGUGCUGAAUUUGAAUGAAUUUGGGCGCUCGUCGUCCCCAAGAUUGGUUGUCAGUCCGACGGCGUUGUUGCCCGGAUCUGUUCGAUGCCUUUCUGUUCAAACAUCCGAGAAGCAGCCGAAUUUGCGCAAGCCCAAGGAAGGAGGAGGAGGUGGUCGUCGGAAGUCUGCAAAGGAUGCAGAUGUUGAAGGGCCGGAGGGAACCUCUUCUCGUGAAGACAUUCGUGCUCUUCGUUUGCAAAAGGUUGACAAGUUGAGGGCUGGAGGAAUUGAGCCAUAUGCCUACAAUUGGGAUAGAACGCACACUUCAGAUGAACUUCAGCAAAAGUACAUUGAUCUUCCGAACGGUGUAGAAGCAGCCAAAGAAGAUGACAGAGUAUCAGUGGCUGGUAGGAUCACAGCACGUCGAGCUUUUGGCAAGCUUGCCUUUCUCACCCUGCGUGAUGACUCGAGCACCAUACAGCUUUACUGUGAAAAAGCACGACUCACCGAAGAAGGCUUUGAACAAAUCAAGGGUGUGCUUGACAUUGGAGAUAUCAUCGGUGCCGAGGGCACUGUUAAACGAACAGAGAAAGGGGAGCUGUCUGUAUACGUUGACAAGCUGUCUAUCUUAACCAAGUCAUUACUACCUCUUCCUGAGAAAUGGCAUGGGCUUACGGACAUCGAGAAACGUUAUCGUCAACGAUAUGUCGAUAUGAUUGUGAAUCCCGAUGUUGCGGGUGUUUUUCGAGCACGGGCAAAGAUCACUUCAGAAAUACGCAGGCAUAUGGAAGAGCUUGGGUAUUUGGAGAUCGAAACCCCCGUUCUUCAGGGUGCAGCUGGAGGAGCUGAUGCAAGGCCAUUUGUGACUUUUCAUAAUGCUCUGGGCAGGGACUUGUAUCUACGCAUUGCUACCGAACUGCAUCUUAAGCGAAUGGUGGUUGGAGGCUUUGAGAGAGUAUUCGAGAUUGGUCGGAUAUUUAGAAAUGAAGGCAUCUCGACUCGCCACAAUCCUGAAUUUACUUCAAUAGAGAUGUACCAAGCGUACGCGGACUAUCAUGAUAUGAUGAAUCUGGCCGAGGAUCUUGUUACAAGGUGUGCCAUGGCUGUCAAUGGAAAGACCACCGUUACAUAUCAGGGCACGGACAUAAGUUUUGAACGCCCGUGGAGAAGAGCCUCUAUGCACUCGUUAGUGCAGGAUGCUACAGGUAUAGAUUUCGCAACAUUUGGUUCAAACUUAGAGGCUGCUAAGUCUGCUGCGGUUUCGGCACUGUCGACUAGCAACUCAAGCCUAUUUGAUCAUUGCUCAUCAGUCGGACACGUGCUUAAUGAGGUGUUUGAAACUGUGGUGGAAAAGACCUUAAUUCAGCCGACGUUUGUGAUGGAUCAUCCUGUAGAAAUCUCACCAUUGGCCAAACCGCAUAGAAGCAAACCUGGGUUAACGGAGCGCUUUGAGCUCUUCAUGUACGGACGUGAAAUGGCGAAUGCUUUCUCGGAACUUACUGAUCCCGUGGACCAGAGAGAGCGACUGGAGGGUCAGUUACGCGUUCACACCGAAAGGAUGGCCGCAGAAGCCGAGCUGGCCAAAGCUAAAGGAGACCAUGCUGUGAAAGAGCAGGCAAACGAAGCAUUUGAAGUGAAAAUAGAUGAGGAUUUCGUGACAGCUCUGGAGUAUGGAAUGCCACCGACUGCUGGAAUGGGCAUUGGCAUUGAUCGCCUCGUGAUGGUUUUAACCGAUAGUGCAAGUAUACGAGAUGUCAUAGCCUUUCCAAUUUUGAAAUCACAAUAAGUUAACGUGUGCUGGAGGUGAAUCCAGCCCAAUCUAACGUUAUACAAGGAGUACAUAGUCAGAAGUUCUCAGAGGAAGUAUCUGGGGUAGGCGCUUCCGCAAAUCGAUUGUGUGAGCAGCAGAGCUGCCAUCAUUUUUGCCCGGUAGAAUGUAGUAAUGUACUUGGGUACCAGGUCAGACAAUCAUAGGCAAUGUAAGCCGCAAGUUGUAAUAUUUGUGUACGUUUAGAAGUUUCGCUUGUGAAGAUUGUUUAUUCCCCUGAAGUGUUUCGACAGAGAAAUGAUCCCUAAUUUUACGGUGCCCUGGCACGGUACAUUGAAGGCCAGCACGAAUUUCGCACCACAUCCAUUUGCGGCUGACCUUUCAUAGUCUACUAGCGUCUGUGUUCAGUUUCAACAAAUUUUACCUCCAUUCUCUUUGCCUUAUGUAAAGUGCCCAGUAGGGCCUGUAUAGAAGAGACGAUCCGAUCUACGAUCUCAUAGAUUUGUUUGGCGAUGGAGUGUCAUAACAGCCACAUAACAAGCCUUGCCGGACAAAAAAGCAGAGUCAGAGCCUUGGUGUGUUUGUCUCGCGGGAUAAUCGGUUACUGUAUACAACAGGGCUUUCGAGUGGGAGGUGCAUCUGACCUUCCGUAUAGUGGAUGUCACGCCUCAUCAACUUCUCAGUUGACCAGAAGGACAUCUCAAUCAAGUCGGGCUGAUUCUGAUGAAGAUACUUUUGUUCAACUUUGCCAGUUGAACUUACGCUCUACUUGCGCGCUGCUGAGCUUACUUACUGAAUACACGAAACCUAGGAAGCAAGUUUUUGCUGCUAUGCAGGCGUAGGUGUUGCCUACAAUUGCCUUGUAGAUUAUGAGGAGAAUUUCUGCGGUAUGCUCUUACUGCAUUCGAACCUCGGAAGCCUCUGUUGAACACUGUGAACAGAUGAUUUAGAACAAGGAUCCCCGGACGUGCACGGAGGUGGGAAGCCAUUGUCGAACCUCUGUUGUGUGAUUUUUCUGUUCACAUUUACAAAGAAGCUCGUAAUCCCAGACCAUUCACCAACGGCUCACUUUAAGAAAAAAGCUCCACAUAUACUGAUGAUGGUGUAACUUCAAAAUUC